CUGUAAUCUGAGGAUCUUGGGCUCCUUGUUCUUCUGGAACAUUAGAUGACAAGUAGUUGGAGCUCUGCUUCACCUUGCCCCUAGUUCACCUUUGAAGCAUAUGUCUCUAGGGGUUCAGUUUCACCAGACAGAGUGAGCAGAAAUAGCAGGCUCACUGCAUUGAAAGAGGGAAGUACUGGCUGUGCAGUUUUGCCUCUUACCUUGUACUACUGUUAGCAGUUGUUGGAUUCCUCUGCAAGCCAAUUUAGUUUCUCGAAAUGAGGAAAAUAGAUUCCUUUUGGGAAGGAAAAAAAGAAGUAGCUCUUUCUUUUCUUUGUUACCACAUCAGUAACUAGUGUGAUGCAGUAAGAGUUGAAACCGUAAACUAAGGUGUUUGAUGUUGGACACCAGCUGCCCACUCUCUGUAUUUCAGGAUAUUUCAGACAUGGUCUCAGUGAAGUGAAUCAGCUCUGCAGGGGAAGGGGUAUGGCUGCAAAGCCAGAAGAGUGGGAAUGACCUGUUGUACUUCGGCAGGCUGUGUGUCUGGUCAGCUGUGAGCACACAACCCAGCUGCUGAGAUACUGCCCAAGUCAGAGUUCCUAGUGUUCACCUUCCUAACAGCUUGAUGCCAGCUCUGCUUGACUUAAAAAAAAAAUGACAGGUUUGCAGCAGAAAACUGCAUGCCAUGAAAAGGGUAGCCUGAAGAUGGAUGCUCCCAAAGAAGUUCAGCCUACUGGAGAGUUCACCUGUCACCUAUGUGGCUUAACAGCUCCAUACACGUACUUUGGGCAAAAGCCACCAAACACACGCUCUAUUGUGCUUUUGGAAGAAAGCUAUGUCAUGAAGGAUCCUUUCACCCCUGACAAGGACAAAUUCCUCAUCCUUGGGUCGCAUUGCAGUUUAUGUAGCAGAUCAGUGUGUGUUGGUACAGAAUGUAGUCUGUUCUACUCCAAAAGAUUCUGCCUCCCCUGUGUGAAAGAAAACCUAAAGGCCUUUCCUUUGGAAAUACAAGAAGAUAUUGAUAAAAGGAAGCCCCCUGGUGAAAAAAGGGAUACAAGAACAUAAAGGACUAAGAGAGACUGUUCUUCGGCUGAGAUGUCUCCUCUCUGCUUUUGGAGACUAUCAUGUUGCUCAUUUUAAAGUGACCUUCAUCAGCUCACUACUACAGAACGCAGUAACACAUUUCCUUACAAUUGGCUUGGCUUCAGAUGUCAUCAUGCAGUGAUUGCAGUGCCAGCAGUGUAGCCUGAAGGUGUCGAAGAGCCAGAAAGAAAGGAAGGCAAGCCUGGUGCAGCCACGUAAAACCCCGGUAGAAAAAAAAACCUAAGCAUUGACUAGCAUAGCAACCACAUCCAACUUUUCACGUUUGUUAUUUUAAUGAUUUAUAUUGUUCUGGACACUCCUGCAGCUUUAUGAAAAUCCAAGAUAGAUUUAUCGGGCUUAAUUCAAUGCGCAUCCAAGAAAGUCACUAUAUGUGAAUUGUUUACCUGACAGUGCUGUCUUGAUAAGAUUACAGUAGGCAAGGAAUUAAAAGCUUCAUUUUUAAGUUUAAAAUAAAACUCUUAUGAGAAAAAGAUACCCACAGAAAUAUCUAGAUUCUUCAAGAUUAUUAUCUCAGUACAUUAAGACUGCUGAAGAUGGAUGUUCUUAUAAUAAAAUACCAGUAUAAUAAAAAUGAGGAACUACUUUUGGGUUAUAUGACGUGUAGGCCUAUCCUGGGACCGAGAGAUGCACACACUCAAGUGCUAGGAAAGAUCUAGUGUCUCUGAGCUGUAUUCCCUCCUAUUCAGCCUCUCCCGUGCCCUUUGAGAAAAACGCAGUUAACUCAUUUGUUCAUAAUCAUUAUUUUUGCCAUUGUGAUAUGACAGAAGAGUCAUUUAAAGCUCUCAGAAAUGACCCUACCUUUAGCUACUUUUUAAGUUGAACUGGAAGAAGAUUAGAUUCAGUAUAAGAGCAAGAAGAAUAUGUAACUACAGGAUUUUUAACUUGGCCCAGAACAGCUCAUUUAUCUUGAGUGCAAUGCAAAAUGCCAAGUUAAGGGUACGUCUGUUUCCCAGUCGCCUGGUUACACGUACUUUUUAGGUGAAGAAAAGCAUACUUCCAGCAAGUACUACAGGUUCAGUAGCCCGGGGUCGUUGGAGGUGUUUUGUCAUCUCUGGUCCAUGCUUCAGGGAAGGAAGGCUGACCUACGUGCAGUUUGGUAUUUCCUGGAACGACAAAGGAGUAUUACCAGCGCCCAGCUGUUAAAAUGUAUAUAUUCCUGUGGGAGCAACGCCAAGAUAAUGGAAGUUUAAUUGAAAGAUUUAUUUAAGAUAAAGCAUGAAGCUGGUACCAAGCAUGUUAGAAUAAACAUUAUUAAAACUACCAGGUGUUCUGAACUAGACACAUAGGAUGACGCAUCUUGAAUGUGUGAGAAGGCCAGGCUAGAAAAAAACGCCUGGGAAUAAGUGAAUUGGAGAUGUGGCUGAAAAGAGUCACAAGAGUGUGGAAUAGACAAAACCAAGAACAUCCUGUUUGUCUGAAUGUCAGAAAACCGAGGAAGUGUGUAAAGAUCUGCCUGAAUGAGGGAAGUGAGGAGAAGAAACGGUAGUAGUACUUUCUUAAUGCAACUUCUGUAUGCCGUGCUGAUUAAAACGAAUAUGCUUAAAGAAUACUGCAAGGUCUGCGUCUCCUUCAUUGCCCUAUAUUCCACUCUCAUAUUCCUGUUGAAUGUGGGCAUUACAGUUUGUGUUUCAUAAUGGUUUUGGUAUAUAUAUGUGAUUUCACAAACCAAAUGCUGUCAUGCCCAGGCUUAGCAGCCAUGAGGCCUACUUGUCAAGAUAUGCAGAACCUUUACACUUAGGUUUCAUCAGGUUCUCCAAGUAAUUACUGCUGCUCAAAAUCAAGUUUUCGAUGCUCAUGAGCACAGCUGAUGAAGAAAUGUGUUUCUUUACCUUCUGCUGUAAUUUUCACUUCACUUCAUUGCUCUUUGACCAGCUUAAUAAAUCCCCAGGUUCUUGAAGGGAAGCAAUCAUCUGUGACAUAUCCUCCCAAAUGAUUUAACCGAAGCCAUGCUCAUUAGAUUAGUGAGUAUGCUACACUUCAUGUAGACGUGCAUUCAACACUUGUUGAAUUCAACAAAUGUCUCGAACUGGUCACACAAUUGGUGAGAAUGGAAGGGCACAGCAGGACUGGGU